AUGCAAUUAUUAGCAAGUUGCGAACAGUCUGGUAACACUGGCAUGAAGAACGCAACAGUAAAACAAUUACAGUCUUUAUGGAAAAAUAUAAAACAUCGCCAAAGAGACAUAUUAGUUGCAGAAAAACAGUAUCGACAUCGGUCCAGUGGUGCACAAGUACAACUUGACGUGUCCAUUGAUCCACUAGUUGCUAAUGCUGUGCCACAUCUUAUAGUCGAGAUACCAAAUGUAGUCGAUUGUGAUACUUCUGACAAAGAAAUAAUUGAUAAUGAUACUCCUGAAGCUGUGAACGAUGAACUUUUUAAGAAACCUGAUGCCUCUGUUCCGACAGUUAUUGCUACUGCUACGCUACAACAUAUGGAUAAUAAGAAACGAGAGGUAGAAAAUAUAAAUGAUAUAGAGGCUAGACGAUUAUGUCUCGAAAGUCCAGAGGAUCUUGAUAUAGAAUUUAUCAAUGAUGCUGGCAAUAAAUCGACUCCUCUAUCAUCAUGUCGAACGCAUGCAAAAUCUUCGAGAAAGUUAUCAUUGCAAUUGAAAGGGCAAGAUAUACGGGCACAUGUUCUCCAAAAUGAAACAAAUGCAAGAAUGGAUAGAUAUGCGGAAUUAAGUAAAAAUGAACAGGUCAUAGAUGAUGAAGAAAUGUUCCUCGAAGAGAAGAAAGAGAAGAACGCUGCAACUACGCAGCAACUAUUGCAAGGUCUACAAGUUCUGCUGCAGCAGCACCAGCAGCAGUCGCAGGAGCAGAAGUCGCAGCAGCAGCUGCUGCAAGUUCUGCUGCAGCAGCAGCAGCAGCAGCAGUUGCAGGAGCAGCAGGAGCAGGAGCAACAGCAGCAGUCGCAGGAGCAGCAGGAGCAGGAGCAGCAACAACAACAAGAUAGAAAAAAAAAGAAGAGGAGCCAGCCGAUCCCGCGCCCGCUGGUAUUACCAGCGAGGUGGCUGCCGUAA